GAUGUUUCUAUAAUGUAUUUAAAUUGAAAGUGUUUUGCUGGUCACCACUAGCUCAACAGAGAAAGUGGGAGUUUGGAGGCGGAGCUGGUACCAUAGACUCUUCCUGGAAGGGGCUGUACCCCUUUUUGUGAUAUCACAACGUGAAGACCCGCUUAUUUCGUGGAUUGAAAGGGGCUGGUGCUCAGAGAGUAGGGUUUUAGAGGAAUGCAAUGUAUUAAAAUACUGCUUUGGAUUUUUUUUUGUUAGGAAUUAACAUUGUAAUACACGUAAUAGCUCAAAAAAGUUGAUUUUGCAUCGACCCUUUAAGGGGUGACUACUUUGGAAGCAACUCAGAAAUUAAGUUAUGUGGCUCAAGUGGAGCUUCAAGCAGAAACCAUGGAAAAAAUACAUCAUCUAUUAAAAAAACAAAAUUAACUACACCACGGCUCUAAAAUACCCCCAUAACAGGUAUGAAGAUACAAGAAUCUGGCAAUAGAUGAUUAAACCAGAGCAGCCAUGCAUAUCUAUACAAAGGAGCUAAUCGAGCACGAAGAAGCUGCAGUGAUUGCUAGAAGACGUGGAAAACAUCAGUUUCGGCAGACUAACAAGAAAAAAAUCACGAGGACUGAAAACGUAACAAUGUAAUGUUUCCCAGUCAUUAAAGCAACAAGGAAGCACAGGACUAAUGACAGGUCUGGUGAAAAACCAGAUUAAGUUUUCAUUCACUUGAUACUUUCUGUUUUGGCCUUGGAAAAAACACAGACUCAAAACAUUCUCAAGCGUUCUCUAAAUCUGCCAAAACAUCUGAAAAAUGUAACCAUCAGACAGGGAAAACACCAGUCGGAUUUCCUUAACCCUUCAACCACCUGCUCAAGAGAGCAGCAUAUUUGUGUUUGUUGUUCCCCUUAUGAAUUAAGCUGCAGAUUAAAAAAAAAAAAAAGAUUUAGUCUUGAUUUGGUGGUUAAAGGGUUAAAAACUUCUACCGGCCAACCUGGAAGUGUGACUUCCUCUCAGACUAAACAAUUGUGCAAAUUCAAAAAGAAGCUCAAGUUCAGAGGAGACAAACAAAAAAACCAGCAGGACUAAACAAACCUCAGGUUUCUUUUUGUUGAAGCAUUUUCUUCUCAUCGUUUCCUCCUUCUUCUGGUUCAUUCCUGUAAUACACAGAAUUGUUGGAUCUUUGAGACCAUUUUCUUUAAUGGCGUCACCUCACCUGUGCUGUUCACGUGACAAUAGAGGAUUACAACAAUGAACUUUAUGGAGGGAACAUAAAUAAAUAAAACAGAGAAGUGCCUCUGAUCAUGAUAAGUUCACACUCAAGUAUGUAGGAGGGAAUUUUUCCCCUUGUGGUAAAGUACAGAUUGUGUCAUGCAUCCCACCUGACCUAAUUUAUAUGGCUUUGGGAUUUCCAAUCCACAAACUAUAUAAGAAAGGCAUAUAUCUAUUCAUUUCAUUUGAGAAAAGUCUCAGUUUUGAAGAGGAAGAUGGCAAAGCUGUCCGCCUGUGUUUUCAUCAUGCUGGUGCUUCUGACUACGCUAAACGAAAAGGCUCUUGCCAGGUUUUGCUGCACGAGGUACCAAAAAAUCCCUGUUCCAGUUGAUCGUCUGAAAAAAUAUACAGAGCUAAAAAACACUGGGAACUGUCACUUGAGGGCCAUAAUUUUCUUGACGGUAAAAGGAAAACUUGUCUGUGCAAACCCGAACGAGGAGUGGGUCAUUGAAGCCAUGAAAACCUUAAAAAAGAAACCGUGAUCGGUGUUUACAUCCCCGGAAGAAGAAAUGCUUGUUGAGACAACGUGGAGCAUGACUUUAUUUGAUCUCUUUGAGAUUUAUAUUAUUUCUUUCUAUGUCUGUAUUGACUUAAAGUUAAUAAAUACUGAGUAUUUUCUAAACUUUUUGGUGUGAAAAUUACAAUUUUUUUCACUAAAAACAUCUGAAUUACAUGAAACAAUGGGUCAAGGUUAAAAUAAUAAAUAAGAAUGAGAAUAAGCACACAAAGCAUUAACAGGAUAAACACAAAGUACCUUGAAAACACAAAUACGAUUAAGGAAAACUAAUGCAGCAGCUAAAAAAACUUUAAAAGAGGGUUGACAGAAUUCUGGACAAGACUUCAAAACAAAUCUGUGCAACAUACUUUAGUAUUUUUCUGCUUAAAAAGCACAAAAAAGUAAAUUGUCCUUUUUCACCAAGACACCAAUAAAAAAAUCAAACACUUUUAAGAAAUGUUCUUAUCCAACUCAAAAAAAAAAAAUAGAAUUAUGUGGAAAAUAUCCAGACCCAAAACAUUUCAGAUAUUUUUCUGUUACACUGAUGUUACUAUGGGCUCUUAUAGGUUUAAAAAAAACUGCUUGUCAAUGCAAAUUCCAUCAGUGUCACUCAGCGUAAACCACCACCAGCUAGAACACAAAGCAGCAGCUUGACUGUUAACCGGAACAUCCAGACGAGCAUACAUUAUUCUUGUCCUCAAAGCUCUUCACUGGCUCCCUGCCAACUUUUAGAAUCAACUGUUUAUUUUUAUAGCUCUUCUUGGUCCUUGUACUGUUUAUUUAACUGAGAUUGUAACUGUUUACAGUAGAGUUUUAAGGUAUGGCAACCAGGAAUUGCUUCACUUGUGCAUUUUCCAUUCCCUCCC